AUGCGUGUGGCUGCUGUAUCAAAUUGUGAGAGGCUUGGCAAGUAUCGCAUGCCUUUUGCAUGGACUGCAAUUCACCUUGUUGACAUCAUAAGUGGAAAACAAGCAAGCACUGAUACAGCAGCAACAGCAGCAGCAGCAACAGGCCCUUCACAGGAAAAAGAGACAACUCCAGCAGGAACUCCAGCUAGGAAGCAAUCUGGUAUUGUAGAAACACCCCCUGUUGUGCCACGAAGUAGCAAGCGCAAGGACAGUGAAAGUGUUUCCAGCCGAAGUUCACUAAUUGAGGCACGCAAGUCAAUUCAUCUGUUAGAUGGCAGUGAACUAGAAGUGGUCCCAGACUUGACAAACUUUAGACCUGUCACCCUCACUGUCAGUAGUUUUUUCAAACAGGAAUCAGAUAAAUUGAAAGACGAAGAUCUGUACAAAUUCUUAGCUGACCUGAAAAGACCUUCUUCAGUAUUAAAACGCCUUAAAUGCAUUCCAGGGACACUGAAGCUUGAUAUCUCUCCUCCGGGAGAAAAACCACCAUACUGCCUAACAUCUGAGUUGCAUCAGGUUCACCCAUAUCCAGAUGGACAGGGCAGGCCAACCAAAGAGAUUGAAGAGUUUGCUCCCCGAGAAGUGUUUACUCCAUACCUUACAUUCAAAAACCUUUUGUAUGUGUACCCUUUGAGUGUCAAUUAUACCAGUAGAAGCACAUCUGCCAGAAACAUUGCCGUUAAAGUACAGUUCUUGGCAGGAGAAGACUUAUCACCACUUGAAGUAAGAGACUUAAAGACUCUCUGUUGA